CAGCUGGGAAGUGGGCCGCGCCUGGGCGGCGGGCGGGCGCAGUCCGGAGCCGGCGGUGGACGCGCCGGGCCCUCGCUGUCGGUCCGCGCGCCCAAGCGCCCCGCAUGCCGUGGGUCAUGGCCGUGCGCGCCGCGCGCCCCUGCCUGCUGGCACUCGUUCUGUGCUCGUGCUUGGGGGCGCUGGCCGAGGUCGCCCCCAGGCCGAGCAACGGGUGUCCGAGCCGCUGCCUGUGCUUCCGCACCACGGUGCGCUGUAUGCAUCUGCUGCUGGAGGCCGUGCCCACCGUGGCGCCGCAGACCUCUAUCCUGGAUCUUCGCUUUAACAGAAUCAGAGAGAUCCAGCCGGGGGCCUUCCGGGGGCUGAGAAACCUGAACACAUUGCUUCUCAACAAUAAUCAAAUCAAGAGCAUACCUGGUGGGUCGUUUGAAGACUUGGAGAAUCUGAAAUACCUCUAUCUGUACAAGAAUGAGAUCCAGGCGAUUGACCGGCAGGCCUUCAAGGGGCUUGCCUCUCUUGAGCAACUAUACCUGCACUUCAAUCAGAUAGAAACUUUGGACCCGGAGUCAUUUCAGCAUCUGCCGAAGCUGGAGAGGCUGUUUUUACAUAACAACCGAAUCACACAUUUGUUUCCGGGGACAUUUAAUCACUUGGAAUCUAUGAAAAGAUUGCGCCUGGACUCCAACGCGCUCCGCUGUGACUGUGAGAUCCUGUGGCUGGCAGACCUGCUGAAGGGCUACGCGCGGUCAGGAAACGCGCAGGCCGCCGCCACUUGUGAGUAUCCCAGGCGCAUCCAGGGCCGGUCGGUGGCCACCAUCACCCCGGAGGAGCUGGACUGUGAAAGGCCGCGAAUCACGUCGGAGCCUCAGGAUGCCGACGUCACCCUGGGCAACACCGUCUUCUUCACCUGCAGGGCUGAGGGCAACCCCAAGCCCGAGAUCAUCUGGCUGCGGAACAACAACGAGCUGAGCAUGAAGACGGAUUCCCGCUUGAACUUGCUGGAUGACGGGACUCUCAUGAUCCAGAACACGCGGGAGACGGACCAGGGCAUCUACCAGUGCAUGGCGAAGAACGUGGCUGGGGAGGUGAAGACGCAGGAGGUGACCCUCAGGUACUUCCGGUCUCCAGCUCGCCCAGCGUUUGUUAUCCAGCCCCAGAACACAGAGGUGCUGGUCGGGGAGAGUGUGACCUUGGAAUGCAGCGCCACGGGCCACCCCCCGCCUCAGAUCACCUGGACCAGGGGCGACCGCAGCCCCGUGCCCACGGACCCUCGGGUGAGCAUCACCCCGUCCGGCGGCCUCUACAUCCAGAACGUGGAGCAGGAGGACAGCGGGGAGUACGCCUGCUUCGCCUCCAACACGGUGGACAGCAUCCACGCGACUGCGUUCAUCAUCGUCCAAGCGCUUCCUCAGUUCACCGUGACGCCCCAGGACAGAGCUGUCAUCGAGGGCCAGACGGUUGAGUUCCACUGUGAGGCAAAGGGCUACCCGCAGCCUGUCAUCGCCUGGACCAAAGGAGGGAGCCAGCUGUCAGUGGACAGGCGCCACCUGGUCCUGUCCUCGGGGACACUGAGGAUCUUGGCCGUUGCCCUGCAUGACCAGGGCCAGUACGAGUGCCAGGCCGUGAACAUCAUCGGCUCCCAGAGGGUCGCCGCACACCUGACCGUCCAGCCCCGAGUCACCCCGGUGUUCACCAGCGUCCCCAGGGACAUGACGGUGGAGGUGGGCAGCAACGUGCAGCUGCCCUGCCGUCCCCAGGGCGAGCCGGAGCCUGCUGUCACCUGGAACAAGGAUGGGGUUCAGGUGACAGAAAGCGGGAAAUUUCACAUCAGCCCCGAGGGGUUCCUGACCAUCCGCGAUGUUGGGACCGCAGAUGCUGGCCGCUACGAGUGUGUGGCCCGGAACACGAUCGGGCAGGCGUCGGUCAGCAUGGUGCUCAGCGUGAACGUUCCCGAUGUCAGUCGGAACGGGGACCCCUUUGUGGCCACGUCCAUCGUCGAAGCCAUCGCAACAGUGGACAGAGCCAUCAACUCCACGCGGACACACUUGUUUGACAGCCGCCCUCGCUCCCCGAACGACCUGCUGGCCCUGUUCCGGUACCCGCGGGACCCCUACACAGUGGAGCAGGCCCGGGCCGGGGAGAUUUUUGAGCGGACGCUGCAGCUGAUCCAGGAGCACGUGCGGCACGGCCUGAUGGUGGACCUCAACGGAACCAGUUACCACUACAACGACCUCGUGUCCCCGCAGUACCUGAGCCUGAUCGCCAACCUGUCGGGCUGCACGGCCCACCGGCGCGUGAACAACUGCUCGGACAUGUGCUUCCACCAGAAGUACCGCACGCACGACGGCACCUGCAACAACCUGCAGUACCCCAUGUGGGGUGCCUCGCUCACCGCCUUCGAGCGCCUGCUCAAGGCCGUGUACGAGAACGGCUUCAACACGCCGCGCGGCAUCGACCCGGGCCGGCGCUACCACGGGCACCCGCUGCCCAUGCCCCGCCUGGUGUCCACAGCCCUCAUCGGCUCGGAGGCCAUCACCCCGGACGAGGAGUUCACGCACAUGCUCAUGCAGUGGGGCCAGUUCCUGGACCACGACCUGGACUCCACGGUGGUGGCCCUGAGCGAGGCCCGCUUCUCCGACGGGCAGCACUGCAGCUCGGCCUGCAGCAACGACCCACCCUGCUUCUCGGUGGCCCUGCCGCCCGACGACCCGCGGGCGCGCAGCGGGGCGCGCUGCAUGUUCUUCGUGCGCUCCAGCCCUGUGUGCGGCAGCGGCAUGACGUCGCUGCUCAUGAACUCCGUGUACCCCCGAGAGCAGAUCAACCAGCUCACGUCCUACGUCGACGCCUCCAACGUGUACGGCAGCUCUGAGCACGAGGCCCGCGCGGUCCGCGACCUGGCCAGCCAGCGCGGACUGCUGCGCCAGGGCAUCGUGCAGCGCUCAGGCAAGCCGCUGCUGCCCUUCGCUGCCGGGCCGCCGACCGAGUGCAUGCGGGACGAGAACGAGAGCCCCAUCCCCUGCUUCCUGGCUGGCGACCACCGCGCCAACGAGCAGCUGGGCCUCACCAGCAUGCACACGCUCUGGUUCCGCGAGCACAACCGCGUGGCCACUGAGCUGCUGGCGCUGAACCCGCACUGGGACGGCGACACAGUCUACCACGAAGCCCGCAAGCUGGUGGGCGCCCAGAUGCAGCACAUCACCUUCCAGCACUGGCUGCCCAAGGUGCUGGGCGAAGCGGGCAUGAAGAUGCUGGGCGAGUACCGCGGCUACGACCCGGGCGUCAACGCCGGCAUCGUCAACGCCUUCGCCACGGCUGCCUUCCGCUUCGGCCACACACUCGUCAACCCUGUGCUGCAGCGGCUGGAUGAGGACUUCCGGCCGCUGGCGCUGGGCCACGUGCCGCUGCACAAGGCCUUCUUCUCCCCCUUCCGCAUCGUCAACGAGGGCGGCAUCGACCCGCUGCUCCGUGGCCUGUUUGGCGUGCCCGGCAAGAUGCGCGUGCCAUCCCAGCUGCUCAACACGGAGCUCACCGAGCGGCUGUUCUCCAUGGCGCACACGGUGGCGCUGGACCUGGCCGCCAUCAACAUCCAGCGCGGCCGCGACCACGGCAUCCCGCCCUACCACGAGUACCGCAUCUACUGCAACCUGUCGGCCGCCCACACCUUCGAGGACCUGAAGAAUGAGAUCAAGAGCCCCGAGAUCCGGGAGAAGCUGCAGCGGCUGUACGGCUCCCCGCUCAACAUCGACUUGUUCCCGGCCCUCAUGGUGGAGGACCUGGUGCCCGGCAGCCGCCUGGGGCCCACCUUGAUGUGUCUGCUCAGCACGCAGUUCAGGCGCCUUCGGGACGGGGACAGGCUGUGGUACGAGAACCCGGGGGUCUUCACUCCUGCCCAGCUCACCCAGAUCAAGCAGAGCUCGCUGGCCCGCAUCGUGUGCGACAAUGCGGACAACAUCACGCGUGUGCAGAGGGACGUGUUCCGUGUGGCCGAGUUCCCGCACGGCUACAGCAGCUGCGACGAGAUCCCCCGCGUGGACCUCCGAGUGUGGCAGGACUGCUGUGAAGACUGCAGAACCCGUGGCCAGUUUAAUGCCUUCUCCUACCAUUUCCGAGGCAGGCGGUCUCUUGAGUUCAGCUACCAGGAGGAUGAGCCAUCCAGGGAGACGGGGCCCGGGAAGGUGCCAAGAGCCGGGAAGCCCCGGGCACCUCCCAGUAACGCCACAGACCCCUCCUUGGAGCAGCUGCAGGGGGCAGGGACCACCGACUUCCGGGAGUUUGUCCUGGAGAUGCAGAAGACCAUCACGGACCUCAGGAAGCAGAUAAAGAAACUCGAGUCUCGGCUCGGCACAGACUGCGUGGACGCAGACGGCAGCUCACACGUGGACGGGGCUGAGUGGACGCGGGAUCCCUGCACCGCUUGUGAAUGCCGCGACGGGCAGGUCACCUGCUUCGUGGAGACUUGCCAGCCGGCUGACUGCCCAGCGCCCACCAGGGUCAGCGGGGCCUGCUGUCCCGUGUGCCCGGGAGACUCCACGGGGACGCAGCCCUGAGCGUCUGCGAGCCUGGAGCUUGUCCCAGCCCCCGGGAGCGAGGCCGCACAGGCGGCAAGGCUGGGAUGCGGGGGCCGCGGCUCGGGGAACCCCGGCCUGAGCGCUCGCCAGCAGACCACGGGGCAGACACGUGUCCUGACUCCAUGUUAAGGCUUCUCAGGGUUCUAUUUAAUUUUUUUUAAUGAAAAAUUGGUGCUACUAUUAAAUUGCACAGUUCAAUCAUUUAGGCUCCUAAUUGAUUUCACCUAGUAUCACCGUUUCUUCUCAACUGAAAGUUAGUCCCGCCGGUCCCAGCUCCAGAAGUGUGCAGAGCGGAGCCGGCGGAGGAGGGACGCAGGAUUUGAAAGAGAAUCCGUCCCUGGCAAACAGCAGUCUGCAUGGACGUGUGGCGGCAGCACAGGCGGCCAGCGCAAGCCCCCUGCGCCCUCGGCCCCUGCAGCUCCGCGGGCCCUGCCGUGGAAGCCGCAGCGCUCCCCUGUGACCGGCACACACGCUGCCGGGUGUGGACCAGGUGGGACGGCGCCCUGUCCCCACCAGCAUCGCCCACAGCCACGCUCGCCCUGCUCUGCCGCCCGGCUUCGCCCACCAGAGUCCACGGACGAGCCACCACGCUCUCGAUCCCUGUUUCGACGGGAGGAAGGCGAGUGUCAGGGACUUUCUGACUUCAGGUUGUGAGAGUGUGUUCAAGAAAAGCAGCCGGUCCCUAUACCUCAUUCGUUUCCCCGCCGCGUGUGACGUUGGAUGAAACUUCACCCACGUUUUAGCUUUAGAUACGGCAGAAACGGCACGUCCACUCCGCUCGAGUUCUCGUAGGAUUCAGUGAGAAACAACUUCCAUACCUCACGGUCUCUGUCUUUUUACUCGACCAGAACCUCCUGUUUGGUUCCAAAUGCAAAGUGGUCUGUGUUCUGAGAAACAGGUCCCUGGGUCUCCUGCUCGGUUCUCAGACCUGAGUGUCCAGCGCCAGCUGGGCCCUGUGCUGGGUGCAGACACGGUGCCCGCCCGCGCUUCCUGAGGGAGACCCCCUGGGGACCCGGCCGCCUCGGUCCAUGUGGGCGAGUCCGGAGCUGGUGGUACCAUGUGCAGCCUGUCACGGGCGCGGGGAGAGGAGGCAGGUCUCCAGGAGGCGUCCAGCAGGUGCCAGGCACUUGGAAAGCCUGGUCCCAGCGCAGCCCGCCUUCUCCCCACAGCAGGAGACCCCAGUGCCUGCUGGCUCACAUUCCAGCCGGGGGGCGGGCAGCGGCUCUACGCACGGUCGGCUGGACUUCUGCGCGCAUCACUGGUGAUCGGAUCAGUACAAGCUCCAGUGUUGCCGGGCACAGGGCUUCUCUUCACACAGCAGGGCAGACUGGGUAAAUAAUCAGACCUUGGCACCCAUCUCUGCAGACAGGAAACGGUUCACUUUGUCUGAGGUAGAUGGUUAUGUAAGUUGCUCAGGUAUGAGAUCCCAUAGUCUGGAGCGUGUGGAGUCUGAAGGCGCCCUCGUGCGGAGGACGUGGGGACUGGGGUGGCUUUGUCCUGCCCACGGGGCGGCUGGGGUGGGCCGUGCGCGCCGGGCAGCAGCCCCGCGAGGACGCGGUGUGUGUGUACCCACUGGCCCUUCCAACCAGAUGUUUGCUGCCAGCAAAUGCCGUCCUGCUCACUGUAAUCAGCCCAUCACCAAAGAGACAUUUGCACUAUGUAACGAUGCCUUCGGUUCCAAUAAAUGGGCCACGUUCCCAAACAGA